CUCCACUCUUCUGGGGAGGCUUUCCACUAGAUGUUGGAACAUUGCUGCUAUAACAGCCUCCACUCUUCUGGGAAGGCUUUCCACUAGAUGUUGGAACAUUGCUGCUAUAACAGCCUCCACUCUUCUGGGAAGGCUUUCCACUAGAUGUUGGAACAUUGCUGCUAUAACAGCCUCCACUCUUCUGGGAAGGCUUUCCACUAGAUGUUGGAACAUUGCUGCUAUAACAGCCUCCACUCUUCUGGGAAGGCUUUCCACUAGAUGUUGGAACAUUGCUGCUAUAACAGCCUCCACUCUUCUGGGAAGGCUUUCCACUAGAUGUGGGGACUUGCUUCCAUUCAGUUACGAUCGUUAGCGAGGUUGGGCGAUUAGGUCCAAUUCAUCCACAAUCUCAACAUACCAUUUCUGUAUGGACCUCGCUUUGUGCACGGGGGCAUUGUCAUGCUGAAACAGACAAGGGCCUUCCCCAAACUCUUGCCACAAAGUUGGAAGCCCAGAAUCGUCUAGAAUGUCAUUGUAUGCUGUAGCGUGAAGAUUUCCCUUCACUGGAACUAAGGGGCCCGAACCAUGAAAAACAGCCCCAGACCAUUAUUCCUCCACAAAACUUUACAGUUGUCACUCUGCAUUUGGGCAGGUAGCGUUCUCCUGGCUUCCGCCAAUCCCGUAUUUGUUUGUCGGACUGCCAGUUGGUGAAGCAUGAUUCAUCACUCCAAAGAACACAUUUCCACUGCUCUGAGUCCAAUGGCGGGCGAGCUUUACACAAUUCCAGCCGACGCUUGGCAUUGCGCAUGGUGUUAGCGUUUGUGUGCGGCCGCUCGGACGUGGAAAACAAUGUCAUGAAGCUCCCGACGAACAGUUCUUGUGCUGACGUUGCUUCCAGAGGCAGUUAGGAGCUCGGUAGUGAGUGUUGCAACCGAGGACAGACAAUUUUUAUGUGGACACCCCUCCAAUUCACGGAGGGAAAUUGUAGAGACGCUGGAGUCUGACCCAACCACUUGUUCAAAGAAGUGGGGUAGGUUUCGCGAACAGUUCGACAAGGCACGAAAAGAAACAAGGGCCUCAGUGAAGACUCCAGAAAUGUUGCUGCCGGCUCGUUCAGCACAUGAAGACUGAAAGCAACAUGCAGUCUUCACCAAAGGAUGAGGGUAUGUUGUAUUUUCUAUUUUAGUCGACAAAAAGUAGCCAUGUUUUGCUAACUAUAGCUAGCGCCAGCUACUUUGCUGGCUAGCUAGCCUAGCAGCAUACUCGUGCAGAGCAAGCAACCAAAUAAACUUAAGAUCUUUACAACUUUUGAUCGAACAUUUUGUCAGAAAGAAUCAUAAGCUUCCCACGUUGGUUACACCAAAGUCGAAGUUUGGUUUUCAAGAUCCAGCUUGUCAAAAAUGUUGCAACCGUUGGAGCAGAGUUGAGUACAAUAGCUUGGCCAGGCCUACUCAACUCUGCUCAAACGGUUGCAACUUUAAAUAGUCUAUUGUAGUCUCAGUUAAUGAUAUUCCAUGUUCAUUGAUCGGUUUGCACAUGUGUAAUAAAUAGCCAUCUGCUUUGUUUAUUUUUCAAGUCACAAACAGGUGAAUGGAGACCACACCUGGUUUUGUUCUCUGCCCCCCAAGCACUGCCUGUUCAACAGCCCCCAAGCCCUACCUCUGCCCCCAGUACUGCCUGUUCAAUAGCCCCCAAGUCCAUCUCUCACGUUGAGCUGCAGUGCAGAAUUGGAAACAAUCUCCAUGUAGAACCUGGUAAGUUCUAUCCUGGGCCCACCUCCAAGACCUAGUCCACUGGCUUGCUCCUCACCCACGCCACAGAGCAGCAGCAGUAGAAACAGGGCUGUGAGCUCCUCACCCACGCCACAGAGCAGCAGCAGCAGGACUGUGAGCUCCUCAGAGAUGCCACGCAGCAGUAGAAACAGGGCUGUGAGCUCCUCACCCACGCCACAGAGCAGCAGCAGCAGGACUGUGAGCUCCUCAGAGAUGCCACGCAGCAGUAGAAACAGGGCUGUGAGCUCCUCAGAGAUGCCACAAGGCAGUAGCAGCAGGAGUGUGAGCUCCUCAGCGAUGCCACAAGGCAGUAGCAGCAGGAGUGUGAGCUCCUCAGCGAUGCCACAAGGCAGUAGCAGCAGGGCUGUGAGCUCCUCAGCGAUGCCACAAGGCAGUAGCAGCAGGAGUGUGAGCUCCUCAGCGAUGCCACAAGGCAGUAGCAGCAGGGCUGUGAGCUCCUCAGCGAUGCCACAAGGCAGUAGUAGCAGGAGUGUGAGCUCCUCAGCGAUGCCACAGGGCAGUAGCAGCAGGAGUGUGAGCUCCUCAGCGAUGCCACAGGGCAGUAGCAGCAGGAGUGUGAGCUCCUCAGCGAUGCCACAGGGCAGUAGCAGCAGGAGUGUGAGCUCCUCAGCGAUGCCACAGGGCAGUAGCAGCAGGAGUGUGAGCUCCUCAGCGAUGCCACAAGGCAGUAGCAGCAGGAGUGUGAGCUCCUCAGCGAUGCCACAGAGCAGUAGCAGCAGGAGUGUGAGCUCCUCAGCGAUGCCACAAGGCAGUAGCAGCAGGAGUGUGAGCUCCUCAGCGAUGCCACAAGGCAGUAGCAGCAGGAGUGUGAGCUCCUCAGAGAUGCCACAAGGCAGUAGCAGCAGGAGUGUGAGCUCCUCAGCGAUCCCACAGAGCAGUAGCAGCAGGAGUGUGAGCUCCUCAGCGAUGCCACAAGGCAGUAGCAGCAGGAGUGUGAGCUCCUCAGAGAUGCCACAGGGCAGUAGCAGCAGGAGUGUGAGCUCCUCAGCGAUGCCACAGGGCAGUAGUAGCAGGAGUGUGAGCUCCUCAGCGAUGCCACAAGGCAGUAGCAGCAGGAGUGUGAGCUCCUCAGCGAUGCCACAGAGCAGUAGCAGCAGGAGUGUGAGCUCCUCAGCGAUGCCACAGGGCAGUAGCAGCAGGAGUGUGAGCUCCUCAGCGAUGCCACAGGGCAGUAGCAGCAGGAGUGUGAGCUCCUCAGCGAUGCCACAAGGCAGUAGCAGCAGGAGUGUGAGCUCCUCAGCGAUGCCACAGAGCAGUAGCAGCAGGAGUGUGAGCUCCUCAGAGAUGCCACAGAGCAGUAGCAGCAGGAGUGUGAGCUCCUCAGCGAUGCCACAAGGCAGUAGCAGCAGGAGUGUGAGCUCCUCAGCGAUGCCACAAGGCAGUAGCAGCAGGAGUGUGAGCUCCUCAGAGAUGCCACAAGGCAGUAGCAGCAGGAGUGUGAGCUCCUCAGCGAUCCCACAGAGCAGUAGCAGCAGGAGUGUGAGCUCCUCAGCGAUGCCACAAGGCAGUAGCAGCAGGAGUGUGAGCUCCUCAGCGAUGCCACAGGGCAGUAGUAGCAGGAGUGUGAGCUCCUCAGCGAUGCCACAAGGCAGUAGCAGCAGGAGUGUGAGCUCCUCAGCGAUGCCACAGAGCAGUAGCAGCAGGAGUGUGAGCUCCUCAGCGAUGCCACAGAGCAGUAGAAACAGGGCUGUGAGCUCCUCAGCGAUGCCACAGAGCAGUAGAAACAGGGCUGUGAGCUCCUCAGCGAUGCCACAGAGCAGUAGCAGCAGGGCUGUGAGCUCCUCAGCGAUGCCACAGAGCAGUAGCAGCAGGGCUGUGAGCUCCUCAGCGAUGCCACAGAGCAGUAGCAGCAGGGCUGUGAGCUCCUCAGCGAUGCCACAAGGCAGUAGCAGCAGGGCUGUGAGCUCCUCAGCGAUGCCACAGAGCAGUAGCAGCAGGAGUGUGAGCUCCUCAGCGAUGCCACAAGGCAGUAGCAGCAGGGCUGUGAGCUCCUCAGCGAUGCCACAAGGCAGUAGCAGCAGGGCUGUGAGCUCCUCAGCGAUGCCACAAGGCAGUAGCAGCAGGGCUGUGAGCUCCUCAGCGAUGCCACAAGGCAGUAGCAGCAGGAGUGUGAGCUCCUCAGCGAUGCCACAAGGCAGUAGCAGCAGGAGUGUGAGCUCCUCAGCGAUGCCACAGAGCAGUAGUAGUAGCAGGAUUGUGAGAAGGGAGGAAAGAGCUGCAGACUGCCAGUGAUGUGUCAAGGGCUAAGACAUUGCAAAUUAUUUGAUGACAGAUCUCAAAAUCUGAAGAACGUCACGCACCGGAGCCACCAGCUUAUCCCUGAGGGCCCUGGCACCUAUAGCUGAUUUCAUGGAUGAACUCUCGCCAAAACACCAGAGGAAAUCUAUCAACAUCUGCAUGAGAUGGUGCAUGACUACAAGUAGAGGACAUGGUUUCGAACGACUGGGACCAUGAGACCGUGCAUGACUACAAGAAGAGGACAUGGUUCGAAUGACUGGGACCAUGAAACCGUGCAUGACUACAAGUAGAGGACAUGGUUAGAAUGACUGGGACCAUGAGACCAUGCAUGACUUCAAGUAGAGGACAUGGUUUGAAUGACUGGGACCCUGAGACCGUGCGUGACUUCAAGUAGAGGACAUGGUUCGAAUGACUGGGACCCUGAGAUCGUGCGUGACUUCAAGUAGAGGAAAUGGUUCGAACUACUGGGACCACAGUGAAAUCAACAACUUGUUCUGUUGUUCAGACAUCUCAGGAGUCAGACGCUGUUUUACUAUUGUUCCCAACAUGUUUCUAUUCCUCAGUAAUAUUUGUAUCUACACUGAAACUUUGACACGUUGUUGUUAUUUACUUGUCUGGUCAUAGCAGACAAGGUUGUAUUGCAUUUUACUUUCAGAAGCCAGAAUAAAGAUGUAUUUUUGUCUGCUGAAAAAGCUCUGUUGGCAUUUCUUCGCAAUACAAGGUGUUUGAAUGCAUUCUAUUUAAACAUCGGGUGCUGACAACUUACCGAAGAGCUGUGAGCCACCGACUGAUAACGUAGAGAAGAGCUGCGAGCCACUGACUGAUAACAUAGAGAAGAGCUGCGAGCCACUGACUGAUAAUGUACAGAAGAGCUGCGAGCCACUGACUGAUAAUGUACAGAAGAGCUGCGAGCCACUGACUGAUAACGUAGAGAAGAGCUGCGAGCCACUGACUGAUAAUGUAGAGAAGAGCUGCGAGCCACUGACUGAUAAUGUAGAGAAGAGCUGCGAGCCACUGACUGAUAAUGUAGAGAAGAGCUGCGAGCCACUGACUGAUAAUGUAGAGAAGAGCUGCGAGCCACCGACUGAUAAUGUAGAGAAGAGCUGCGAGCCACUGACUGAUAAUGUAGAGAAGAGCUGCGAGCCACUGACUGAUAAUGUAGAGAAGAGCUGCGAGCCACUGACUGAUAAUGUAGAGAAGAGCCGCGUGCCACUGACUGAUAAUGUAGAGAAGAGCUGCGAGCCACUGACUGAUAACGUAGAGAAGAGCUGCGAGCCACUGACUGAUAAUGUAGAGAAGAGCUGCGAGCCACUGACUGAUAACGUAGAGAAGAGCUGCGAGCCACUGACUGAUAACGUAGAGAAGAGCUGCGAGCCACUGACUGGUAACGUACAGAAGAGCUGCGAGCCACCGACUGAUAACGUAGAGAAGAGCUGCGAGCCACCGACUGAUAAUGUAGAGAAGAGCUGCGAGCCACCGACUGAUAAUGUACAGAAGAGCUGCGAGCCACUGACUGAUAAUGUAGAGAAGAGCUGCGAGCCACUGACUGAUAAUGUAGAGAGGGGGGGGGGUCCUUUAAACUUGUUUGUAAUGAGUAAGCCUUUUCGCCCUGGCUCUCUUGUUACAUUACAGCUUUAUUCUAAAGUGGAUUAAAUAAAAACAUCUCACCAAUCUACACAUAAUACCCCAUAAAGACACCACAAUACCACAUAAUGACAUCACAAUACCCCAUAAUGACAAAGCAAAAACAGGUUUUUAGAAGAAGAAAAAAAUGAAAUCUAUUUAAAAUAAUCAUUCCGUUAUUUACAAAAGUAUUCAGACCCUUUGCUCUGAGACUUGAAAUUGAGCUCAGGUGCAUCCUGUUUCCAUUGAUCAUCCUUGAGAUGUUUCUACAACUUGAUUGGAGUCCACCUGUGUUGAAUUCAAUUGAUUGGACAUGAUUUGGAAAGACACACACCUGUCUACAUAAUGUCCCACAGUUGACAGUACAUGUCAGAGCAAAAACCAAGCCAUGAGGUCAAAGGAAUUGUCCGUAUGAGCUCCGAUACAGGAUUGUGUCGAGGCACAGAUCUGGCGACGGGUACCAAAUAAUGUCUGCAGCAAUGAAGAACCCCAAGAACACAUUGGCCUCCAUCGUUCUGAAAUAGUUUAAGUUUGAACCACUCAGAGACUGCGUAGUGUGGCCAGGUCUAGGAAAUCUGGGGAGAAGGGCUUUUGUCAAGGAGGUGACCGAGGAACCCGAUGGUCACACUGACAGAGCUCUAAAGUUCUUCCAGAAGGACAAACAUCUCGGCAUCAAUCCACCAAUCACUUCGUAGUGGCCAGACGGAAGCCACUCCUCAGUAAAAAGGCACAUGACAGCCCACUUGGGUUUUUGCCAAAAGGCACCUUUAUAAAAUGUAUUUAACUAGGCAUGUCAGUUAAGAAGAAAUUCUUAUUUUACGACCACCUAUCCCGGCCAAACCCUCCCCUAACCCGGAUGACGAUGGGCCAAUUGUGCGGCGCCCUAUGGGACUCCCGAUCACGGCCGGAUGUGAUACAGCCCGGGAUUGAACCAGGCUUUGUAGUUAUGCCUCUAGCACUGAGAUUCAGUGCCUUAGACCGCUGCGCCACUCGGAACCCCUGAAGAGUCUCAGAACAUGAGAAAAAGGAUUCUCUGGUCUGAUGAAACCAAGAUUAAACUCUUUGGCCUGAAUGCCAAGAGUCACGUCUGGAGGAAACCUGGCACCAUCCCUACAGUGAAGCAUGGUGGUGGCAGCAUCAUGCUGUGGGGAUGUUUUUCAGUGGCAGGGACUGGGAGACUAGUCCGGAUCGAGGCAAAGAUGAACGGAGUAAAGUACAGAGAUCCUUGAUGGAUACGUGCUCAGCCUGGGGCGAAGGUUCGCCUUCCAACAGGACAACGACCCUAAGCACACAGCCAAGACAAUGCAGGAGUGGCUUCGGGAAAAGUCUCUGAAUGACCUUGAGUGUCCCAGCCAGAGCCCGGACUUGAACCCGAUCGAACAUCUCUGGAGAGACCUGAAAAUAGCUGUGCAGUGAAGCUCCCCAUCCAACCUGACAGCGGUUGAGAGGAUCUGCAGAAAAAAAAUGGGAGAAACUUCCCAAAUACAGGUGUGCCAAGCUUGUACCGUCAUACCCAAGAAGACUUGAGGCUGUAAUCACUGCCAAAGGUGCUUCAACAAAGUACUGAGUAAAGGGUCUGAAUACUUAUGUAAAUGUGAUAUUUACAUUUUAAUUUUUUAUAGAUCAGUAAAUAUACUUUCCGAAGGCACUGUAGUAAAACUAGUCAACACCUCAUUUACAUAAUAUAGUAAAACUAGUCAACACCUCAUUUACAUCACAUAGUAAGACUGGUCAUAACACCUCAUGUAUAUUAUUAAGAAGUAAUUAAACUGGCCCAGAAACGAGCAGCAACACGUUGAUCUUUUCCUGCUCAGAGUAGAGGAGAGUUUUUGUCUGUUUUAAAAAUAUGAAGUGUGUUAACUGUCUAUUUGAUCAACUGACAGACAUUCAUACUCAACAAGACAAGUUAAGGUCUCUACAUCGUCCUCAACGCCUGAACGAAUUCACAGUAAUACAGUACCUUAAAGUAUUCAUACCACUUCACUUAUUCCACAUUUGUUGUUACAGCCUGAUUUUCAAAAAUUGAUUAAUUCGAUUUUUUUUCUCUCUCAACUAUCGACACAAAUCAAAUGUUAUUGGUCUCAUACACAUGUAGCAUAUGUUUGUGGAAUGCUUGUGUUCCUAGCUUCCAACAGUGCAGUGAAUAUCUAACAAUACACAGGAAUGUAAAAUAACGGAAUAAAGAACUAUUAGGUCGAGCCACGUCUGAGUCCGUUGUGUGUGUAUUUAUGCUGUAGGAUAAAAUAGUAUGUACAGCAAUAGUUAAAUGGGAUGGCAUUGACUAAAAUACAGUAUAUACAUAUGAAAUGAUUAAAACAGUAUGUAAACAUUAUUAAAGUGACCCGUGUUCCAUGACUAUGUACACAGGGCAGCAGCCUCUAAGGUGCAGGGUUGAGUAACCGGGUGAUAGCCGGCUAAUGACAGUGACUAAAGUUCAGGACUGGGUACUAGGUGGAGGCCGGCUAGUGGUGACUAUUUAUCAGUCUGAUGGCCUUGAGAUAGAAGCUGUGUUUCCAGUCUCUCGGUCCCAGCUUUGACGCACCUGUACUGAACUCGCCUUCUGGAUGGUAGCGGGGUGAACAGGCAGUGGCUCGGGUGGUUGUUGUCCUUCCUGUGACACCGGGUGCUGUAGAUGUCCUGGAGGGCAGGUAGUUUGCCCCCGGUGAUGCGUUGUGCAGACCUCACUACCCUCUGGAGAGCCCAGCGGUUGCUGACGGUGCAGUUGCCAUACCAGGCGGUGAUUGCAGCCUGACAGGAUGCUCUCAAUGGUGCAUCUGUUAAAGUUUUAGAGUCUCAGGGGCCCGCCUCAGGUUCACCACACUGUCUGUGUUGGGGAACCAUUUCAGAUUGUCAGUGAUGUAUGCGUAGGAACUUGACGCUUUUCACCCUCUCCGCUGCGGCCCCGUUGAUGUGUAUGGGAGCAUUCUCCCUCUGCUGUCUCCUGAAGUCCACGAUCAGCUCCUUUGUUUUGUCGAUGUUGAGGGAGAGGUUAUUUUUCCACUGGGCUCAGUGGGAGCACACUGGGCUUAAUGGGGUGGCAGGUAGCCUAGUGGUUAGAGCGUUGUACUAGUAACCGAAAGGUUGCUAGAUCGAAUCCCCAAGCUGACAAGGAAAAAUCUGUCAUUCUGCCCCUGAACAAGGCAUUUAACCCACUGUUCCUAGGUCGUCAUUGUAAAUAAUAAUUUGUUCUUAACUGACUUGCCUAGUUAUAUAUAUAUAUAGGAACAAAACAAUUUCUGGUUAAAAAAAAUCAGUCUAAUCAAAAUAUUUCCAAACCGAUGGUUUGGGGUAUAAAUAUUGACGAAAGGCAAUGCAAAGUUAUUAUUGAUCAUAUUGAACAAUAUUUCUUUAUUGCCAUUUACAUUCUGUGUAAAGGGAGUGUUUUUUUUUUAUAUGCCACUUUUAUAUACCCUUUAAACCCACCUAACAUAAAUAUCACAUUUACAAAAAUGUAAUCUGUGUAUAUGCAAGGUUAAUUUAACAGUAAAAUAGACCAAAAUUAGACGUGAGCUAUGAAUGCCUGAACAUUUGUAUCUUGUUGUUUCUACUGUGUGACUUUGACAUGCAAGAAAUGAGAAACACAUUUUCAAUUGGCAAGAAAUAGUAAUUAAUGCCCAUUGAAAUAUGCUAUCAUCUGCAUAUAGGUGUAUAUGCAGUCAUCCAUUUUGUUACAGUUGCUUACUGUAACAAUUGCAUGUCCUGAUCUCAGAAGCUGUUCUGUAAAACACUAGUACUUUCUUAAGUGAUCACACUUUAUGUAAAAUGAUCUGAGACCCUACAAAAUAUAUCAGGAAAAUGUGUAUCUGAGGGUCACCUCAACACCUUACUUAAAAAAAAAAAAAAUUUUUUUUUUUUUGCAGCUUUCAAAAUGGCCACUAGUAGGAACGUGCACAUGACUGUCUUCCUAAAACAUCUGACUUUGAAUAAAAACUGUUAUUGGAUAUAAUAACCAGAUGAGUUGGUUAAACAUUAAACUGUAGAAUGUAUGUAUUUGUUUUAUUCACAGAUGGAAGUGGGUUUAGUAGAUACCCAAGCUAAAGUGGAAGGAUUAAAUUGAAGCCUCAGUGGGGAGGAAACUCCAUCUAUAGCUCAUUUAUUUUUAUUUAUUUUAUUUUAUUUCACCUUUAUUUAACCAGGUAGGCAAGUUGAGAACAAGUUCUCAUUUACAACUGUGACCUGGCCAAGAUAAAGCAAAGCAGUUCGACACAUAAAACAACACAGAGUUACACAUGGAAUAAACAAACAUACAGUCAAUAACACAAUAGAAACAUAAGUCUAUAUACAAUGUGAGCAAAUGAGGUUAGAUAAGGGAGGUAAAGGCAAAAAAAAGCCAUGGUGGCGAAGUAAAUACAAUAUAGCAAGUAAAACACUGGAAUGGUAGAUUUGCAGUGGAAGAAUGUGCAAAGUAGAAAUAGAAAUAAUGGGGUGCAAAGGAGUACCAUUAUAGAUGGGCUAUGUACAGGUGCAGUAAUCUGUGAGCUCCUCUGACAGCUGGUGCUUAUGAGCUGAAUGUUGCUAGGUUGAUAACAGCUGGAGGAUUUGUUGCUUUUCCAUUGUCGUAUCUGUUGCCCUUGCAUUCAGUAGCAUCUAUGAAUGACAUUAUUAUUAACCAUAAUAUUGAUGUCAAACCAAGGACACGAGGCGGGGUGGUGGUUCCUCAUGUUGUGAGAUUCUCACUAGUGUUUUUACAGAACAGCUUCUGAGAGAUUAGGAUCAGGACAUGCAAUUGUUACAGUAAGCAACUGUAACAAAAUGGACGACUGCAGUGUAGCUGUUAUCAAGAGUACAUGUUGCAUGGGUUGCUAAGGCAUCAGAAUAUGUAAGUGUGUUAUAUUAUAUAUAAACUCAACAACAAAAAGAAAUGUCCUCUCACUGUCAACUGUGUUUAUUUUCAGCAAACUUAACAUUUUGUAAAUAUUUGGAUGAACAUAACAAGAUUCAACAACUUAGACAUAAACUGAACAAGUUCCAUAGACAUGGAAUAAUGUGUCUCAGAACAAAGGGGGGGGGGGUCAAAAACAAAAGU